CAAACAGAAAAUUUUUGUCUUGAAAAAGAACAGUCUUGUUUUCUAAUUUUACAUAGUUUUUAUUAUUAAAAAAUAUAAAAUAAUUACACCUAAUUAUUUAUUAAAAGAAGCCCUAAAAACUAAUCAAUUACCCAGAAAAGAAAAUAAUAUGAGUUCCGGAUUUGUAACCGAAACCGAAGCUGUCGAGGCACGUAAACGUCGACAAGAAGAAUGGGAAAAAGUUCGCACACCUGAUCAGCCAUUGGAACGUCCUGAAGAGCCUUAUGAUGGUAGAACACUCUAUGACAAAUUGAAGGAUCAAAAACUCCAAAAAGACAUGGAAUAUGAGGAAGCACACAAACUUAAAAAUCUCAUUCGUGGACUUGACGAUGAUGAAGUUGAAUUUCUCGAUUUAGUCGAUAGAACCAAAAUGAACGCAGAAAAACUCCAAAUGCAAGAAGAAGCUAAAGAACUGCGAGAAUUUCGUGAAAGAGUUGCUACGGUUCAAGAAGAAUCUAUUGAUAAGAAAAUUCAAUCAGAAAUAGCAAAACCAAAGGCUAAAACGUCACAUGCCAGUAAUUCGUCAUCGAGACAAUCUCAAAAAUCUCUUAUUGGUGCCGUGGUGAAGCGUAAGAAUGGCGAAGUUAAUGCUGUUUCACCUAAAGUGGCCAAAACAGAGACUGUUUCUAAGAGUCCUGUGAAAGCUGAAGACGCAGAACCGUCCAACGUUGACCCUGAGUCAAAUAAAUUACCAACGAGCAUAACUACAAGUCAAUUGAAUAGAGGAAGUCUCAAGUGCACCGCUAUUUUACCCGGAAUAGGUCCAUACAACGAUACCAGCGAUUCAGAAAUGAGUAGUGACAGUGAUGAUGAACCACAGACUGGAUGUCAGUAUGAUUUGGUGGGUCGAAAGCGUCCAAAGAAGAAAGUUGAACAUGAAUAAAGAAAAAUAAUAGGUAAGCUGAGAAAUCUAGGAACUCGGAUAUAAUUUGUUUUAAUAAAUCUUCUUCACAAAUA